AUGUCAGAAGUGAACAUGGGAAGACGCAAGGAGAAGUGUGAGAAUUGCACUAAACAGGUAAGCCCGUGGAAUGUUUGUGGUUUCACUAUGCAGUGUGGAAGUGGCUCUCUGCAACAGAAAUAGUCCAUCCAAUCGUAUCUGUCCCAGUUGUUUGAGUGCGUGACUUUUAGCAUAUGAUAGUCAAACAUUUUAUACUGAGUCCAAUUCUAACCUCGAUUGAUGUAUUGAUUUGUCAUUUCCAGUGCAACAAGAAACAGAGUAGUGAAGGCAUUCUGGAGAAAGAUGGAGCCAACGGAGAGGUCCCUUCCUCCUCGCCUCCCCUCCAGCAGCAGGUGUUGCUGAGUGCCUGUCUGUCCUGUGAGGGCUGUGUGUCCGAGGAGGAGAGCCUAAAGAUCUCCCAACAGAACCUGGAGGAGGUGGCCCGCGUCCUGGGCCUCAACAAGGUACUACUGGACCACCAGGCUACCUGGGACGUAUUCCAUAGGCUGAAACAGGGAGGGACUACCUGGACGUAUCCAAUAAGAACAGGCUGAAACAGGGAGGGACUACCUGGACUUAUCCAAUAAGAACAGGCUGAAACAGGGAGGGACUACCUGGACUUAUCCAAUAAGAACAGGCUGAAACAGGGAGGGACUACCUGGAUUUAUCCAAUAAGAACAGGCUGAAACAGGGAGGGACUAUCUGGACUUAUCCAAUAAGAACAGGCUGAAACAGAGAGGGACUACCUUAUAAGAACCACAUUUUUUACUAAAUGUGUUGUGAGGUGGUCCCUAAUGAAUAUGACCCUGGACACCUCACAUGAUUAGCCUUCCUAAGCACUUGGGUCGUCAUUAGUUACCACAGCCACAAAGUCAUAAACCUCGCCAAUUUCUCUUUGCUUCUUAAAAUUGUAUUUUACACCUAACCUUAAAGGUGCAAUAUGCAGAAAUCGCUCUGCCAUUUCCUGGUUGCUAAAAUUCUAAUAGUUCGCCUAAUUUCAGUUUAUGUGUAGAGAAUCAUUGUACUAUUUAACUGCUGUAAAAUAUAUUUUCAAAACCCCUAAAUAUAGUAUUAUAAUCUCUUUGAAGCUGGUUUACAAAACUGAAAGUAAAAGAUGCAAAAAUGAAUCUUAAGAAUGGGAAGCAUAGAAAUAGCACACAUAGAACAGAUCUACCGCUUUUUAGACUUGCUUUCAAUGAGAAUGGCAUUGUGGCUAUGCUAUCUAGUGGAAGCCAAGCGCUUGUGGAGAUCUGAGAGGUUUUGUGAUGUCAAUGCUUCAAUGGUAGCUAAAGAGACAAGGGUAUAUUGGGUUAUCUUUGCUGUACUUUCCAGAUCACCUCAUGUCAGGUGAGUUUUGAUAUAUGUUCUUAUUGCUGGUCUUUUUGCCUGCCAUGCGGACUGAUUGUUUGGUUAAACUUUGUUUCACUUCACUGAAAUGUAUGGGGCAUUCAAUGUGGAUGCCAGGCAAAUGGUCUCUCUCUUCCUGGUCAAAGUGUGACAUGUCUCUCUCCCUCUGUUUAUCAUUGCAGAAGUGUGAUGUGUCCAAACACAAGGUCCUGGUGGUGUCAGUGUGUCCCCAGUCUCUGCCUUUCUUUGCUGUAAAGUUUGGUCUGGACAUUCCUGAGGCUACACACAAACUCUGUGGCUUCCUCAAGAGCCUGGGUAAGUGAGUGUGUAUCUGUGUCUCUCGGUCUUCUCAUCAAAUCGUCUGUAGUGUCCAAACCUUCAGACGAGUCACAAGACUCGUCUGAAGGUCCCCCGGUACCAGUUGAAAAAAUGUACGGAAGUACAGUACCAGUCAAAAGUUUGGACACACCUACUCAUUCCAGGGUUUUUCUUUAUUUUUACUAUUUUCUACAUUGUAGAAUAAUAGUGAAGACAUCAAAACUAUGAAAUAACACAUAUGGAAUCAUGUACAGUGGCUUGCGAAAGUAUUCACCCCCCUUGGCAUUUUUCCUAUUUUGUAGCCUUACAACUUGGAAUUAAAAUUGAUUUUGGAGGACGUUGUGUCAUUUGAUUUACACAACAUGCCUACCGCUUUGAAGAUGCAAAAUAUUUGUUAUUGUGAAAGAAAUAAGACAAAAAAACUGAAUUUGAGCGUGCAUAACUAUUCCCCCCAAGUCAAUACUUUGUAGUGCCAUCUUUUGCAGCAAUUACAGCUGCAAGUCUCUUGGGGUAUGUCUCUAUAAGCUUCGCACAUCUAGCCACUGGGAUUUUUGCCCAUUCUCCAAGGCAAAACUGCUCCAGCUCCUUCAAGUUGGAUGGGUUCCGCUGGUGUACAGCAAAGUCAUACUACAGAUUUUAAAUUGGAUUGAGGUCUGAGCUUUGACUAGGCCAUUCCAAGACAUUUAAAUGUUUCCCCUUAAACCUACUCGAGUGUUGCUGCAGCUGGAAGGUGAACCUACGUCCCAGUCUCAAAUCUCCGGAAGACUAAAACAGGUUUCCCUCAAUCAUUUCCCUGUAUUUAGAGCCAUCCAUCAUUCCUUCAAUUCUGACCAGUUUCCCAGUCCCUGCCGAUGGAAAAACAUGGUGUUCUCGGCCUUUUGGGUUUGCACCAGAGAAAGCGUUUUCCUUUAUGGCCAAAAAGCUCAAUUUUUGUCUCAUCUGACCAGAGUACAUUCUUCAAUAUGUUUGGGCAGUCUCCCACAUGCCUUUUGGCGAACACCAAACGUGUUUGCUUACUUUUUUCUUUAAGCAAUGGCUUUUUUCUGGCCACUCUUCCGUAAAGCCCAGCUCUGUGGAGUGUACGGCUUAAAGUGGUCCUAUGGACAGAUACUCCAAUCGCUGUGGAGCUUUGCAGCUCCUUCAGGGUUAUCUUUGAUCUUUGUUGCCUCUGAUUAAUGCCCUGCUUGCCUGGUCAGUGAGUUUUGUUGUGUUGUCAUAUUCUUUCCAUUUUUUAUAAUGGAUUUAAUGGUGCUCCGUGGGAUGUUCAAAGUUUGGGAUAUUUUUUUUAUAACCCAACCCUGAUCUGUACUUCUCCACAACUUUGUCCCUGACCUGUUUGGAGAGCUCCUUGGUCUUCAUGGUGCCGCUUGCUUGGUGGUGCCCCUUGCUUAGUGGUGUUGCAGACUCUGGGGCCUUUCAGAACAGGUGUGUGUGUGUGUGUGUAUAUAUAUAUAUAUAUAUAUAUAUAUAUAUAUAUAUAUAUACUGAGAUCAUGUGACACUUAGAUUGCAUACAGGUGGACUUUAUAUAACUAAUUAUGUGACUUCUGGAGGUAAAUUGGUUGCACCAUAUCUUAUUUAGGGGCUUUAUAGCAAAGGGGGUGAAUACAUAUGCACGCACCACUUUUCUGUUAUAAAAAUUUUUCCUUUCACUUCACCAAUUCAGACUAUUUUGUGUAUGUCCAUUACAUGAAAUCCAAAUAAAAAUCAAUUUAUAUUACAGGUUGUAAUGCAACAAAAUAGGAAAAACGCCAAGGGGGAUGAAUGCUUUUGCAAGGCACUGUAGUAACCCAAAAAGUGUUAAACAAAUCAAAACAUAUUUUAUAUUUGAGAUUAUUCAAAUAGCCACCCUUUGCCUUGAUGACAGCUUUGCACACUCUAGACAUUAGGAGUUGGGGUUAGGGGGGGAAAUGAUUUUGAUUGUGAAUCAAUUGAUGGUCCCCAAAAAGUCCUCACAAGUAUAGUAAAACAAAUGUGUGUGUGUGUGUGUGUGUGUGUGUGUGUGACUUAGAACACAGUGUGUAUGACUUAGUACAACACAGCGUGUGUGUGUGUGAACUAUGCGUGCAGUACAUUCAUAGGCAUCUACCAUACCAGAUGAAUCUUCCUCUUCCUCUUCCUCCUGUAGGAGUGCAGUAUGUGUUUGAUACUACUCUAGCAGCAGGGUUCAGUAUUCUGGAGAGCCAGAGAGAGUUUGUUCAGAGGUACCGCAGGAGGAACCAUGAUAACCACGCCCUGCCCAUGUUCACCUCCUCCUGUCCA